GUCACCCCCCUCUUCCUUUCAAUCCUUCCCCCCACCCCCCUUCUUUUUUCUCCCUGCGCUGCAUCCUCCUCCUUUUUUGUUUUUCCUUGUCCCCCCCAAUCUUGCUAUCUUUAUUGGUUUCGUUAUGGCCUCUCUCAUCAUCAUCCUCAUCCUCUUCUCCUAAAUCCCUAACAACCCCAAACCCCCUUCUUCUACUUCUUCUCCUUCCCUCUUCAAGAACCCAAAUCCCUGCGAAGACCCACGAAUCAAGAACUCCAUAAAACCCAAAAUCCAAGCUCACCCAUUUUCGCAUAGCCCGAAGUCUCGACACCCUUUGGCGAUUUCUGGCGAGUGUUGAAGCUAGAAGUGAGAAAGGAGUGGUUUUUAAUCUCACCCACUCUCCCCCUCCCCGCCAUGUUCACAUCACCCUUUGUCCUCACUCUCUCCCUGUUGCUCUCCCUCCCUCUCUUGCUCUUCUUCUUCUUCCCCACCAUUUACCCCCACAAGGAUCUCCCCCUCUCCCGGCGCGAGGAGCUCGACGACCUCGCCCUCUUCCGCCGCGUCUCCGCCACCCGCUCCCCCUCCCACGCCCUCCCCGCCGCCGCCUCCUCCCGCUCCUUCCCGGCGAAGUUCGCCCGCCUCGGGGCCCGCAACUCCCGGCCCAAGAUCGCCUUCCUCUUCCUCACCAACUCCGAUCUCUCCUUCUCUCCCCUCUGGGAGAAGUUCUUCAGUGGCCACUCCCGAUUCUACAACAUUUACAUUCACGCCGAUCCUUCUUCCAAGUUUGCGCCGCCCGAUGGGGUUUUCCGGAACCGGCUAAUCCCUUCGAAGAAGACCGAGCGGGCCUCGCCGACGCUGAUUGCCGCCGCGAGGAGGCUUCUUGCCGACGCCAUCCUCGACGACCCGGCGAACUUCUACUUCGCAUUGGUCUCACAGCACUGUGUCCCGCUCCAUUCCUUCCGGUACAUGUAUAACGCCCUGUUUGGGAACUCGAUCUCCGCCUUCAAUGCCUACAUAAACCCUGGCAAGUACAAGAGCUAUAUCGAGAUCCUAUCCGAGGAGCCGAAUUUGUACGAGCGCUACACGGCUCGAGGAGAGCACGUGAUGCUCCCGGAAGUGCCGUUCGAGCAGUUCAGGGUCGGUUCUCAGUUCUUCAUGCUCGCGAAGCGGCACGCGUCGCUUGUCAUUGAAGAUAGGAAGCUGUGGAGGAAGUUCAGAUUGCCUUGCUUGAACAAGGAGUGUUGCUACCCUGAAGAGCACUAUUUUCCGACGCUGUUGUCAAUGUCGGAUCCAAAGGGUUGCAGUCACUACACACUGACUAGAGUGAAUUGGACCGGCAGUUUCGAUGGGCAUCCACAUUUGUAUCAGCCCGAAGAAAUUUCCCCGGAGCUCGUGCACGAGUUAAGACAGUCCGAGUCGAAUUAUUCGUACUUCUUCGCACGAAAGUUCUCGCCAGAGUGCUUGGAACCGCUCAUGAAGAUUGCAGACAACGUCAUCUUCAAGGAUUGAACUUUGAAGUGGCUCAAGAAAAGAAUCUUUUUUGAAGUCCUGGCUUCUCAGAGAAGUGUUGAAUAAAGUAAGAAAAAAGAAGAAGGGAAUCUUUUGACUUCGAAGGUGGACAGAAGAUACCUGCGAAUGCUGGAUCAUGGGAGGGAAUAACAAGGUCCUGACCCCAUGGUUGUUGCUGCUUGCUGCUGUAUUGUGAUGUGGAGGGUGAACCCAAGUCAAGUUGCACAUAGUGCGAGUGAGUGAGUGUAUGCGUCUGCUUUUUUUUUUAGAGAUUUUAUUUUGCCCCUUUGUUUAAAAUUUCUGUUUGAAAAGGCGUAACGGACGGUGGGUAUAGUGUGGAGUGGAGGAAAAGCAAUACCAAGGCUCGUUGCUCUUCCUUCUCCAUCUUGAAAAGUUGAAGGUGGAACUUUCAUUCUCCCGUUUACCCUCCCUUCAAAACUUUGACUUUUAAAUUGUAAUCUAUGAGUCGCUUUUUCUUUU